GGUCGCUAUUAUGUUGAGUCCGUGGGGACAAGUCGGCGAGCGCGCUCUGCGGAGCGACGAGUUGUCGUCGGCGUCUCAGUCUCCGUUACUUUGAUCCACUGCGAGGGAUCACCUGUUGUAUCUCCCGCUGAGCUAGGUGGGGGGCUAUUUAUGAAGUCGACAAGCUGGAUAUCUGACGCAUUUCGGGCAGAGGAGCGCCGUGAUUCGGAUCGGAUGUGAUCCGCCCCUUCUUCCGCCUCGCCUCGGCCUGCCGCUCUCCGCGGAUCCCUCGAAGCAGGGCAGCUUCAUUCAAGUUCGAGGAAGGGAUCAGACGUUCGGAAGUGCUGGGCACUUCUCUGUCUCUCGAUGCGUCCGCUUUGCUUCAACAUGCGCUGGGCGGUCGUCUUUCUCCUUGUAACCGGCAGCGAGGCUUUACCUCCAGCAUACAGUAUCGCCUUAACGAACGUACUCAGCAACUUGUUACGUCGGGCUACGCGAGAUACCCCCGUUGCAGGAAUGGCUCCAAAGACUGAAAAUAUCCCGAAAGAACUCGCCCAUUUAAGACCGACCACUGACCUCAUCAGCAAGCUGGGCCUUCCGGCUGAAGGACACUACGUCACGACCGAAGACGGCUACACCCUUCGCAUGGAUAGAAUACCUCGCCCGGGAUCCCCUGUCGCUUUCCUGGGAAACGUCCUCAGCUGCAGCUCGGCCUGCUUCGUCGCUCUCGGGAGGGACUCCAUCGCAUCACGGCUGUACGAUGCAGGGUACGAUGUGUGGUUGGGGAAUUGGAGAGGAAGCGGAUUAUCCCUCAAACACAAGUACCUGAAACCAUCCCAGCGCGAGUUCUGGAACUUUGGGUUCCACGAGCACGGGUCAAUGGAUUUGCCUGCCAUGGUAGACUACAUCUUGGGUGUGACAAGGGAGCCAUCGCUCACCUUCAUAGGCCACUCGAUGGGCUCCACGGCGUUCCUGGUAACGGCGGCCGUGCGCCCGGAGUACGACAAGCUCAUCAACGGGGCCUUCCUAAUGGGUCCCGUGGGCGACCUGUCGCACCACAACAACUCUGCUCUGCUCAAGACGGUGCACAGUAUAGAGAACUCAACUGCUAAAGCCCUACCUCUGCAGUUUCCCGGCUCCGACUUCAUGAUACGAUACCUGGGUGGAAUGUUCUGCAGGUUUAAUGUGCCUUCACUUGCACAAAAUGAGCCAAACAAGCGGUGCCCGCUCCUAAGAGCCGUCGGGGAUAUGAUGGGAGGGGCAGGCUAUGUGGUGUACCCCGUUGAUCUGCAAUACUACGCCCCUUCUGGAAUCUCCAUGGGAGAAGUGAACCAUUAUGCUCAGCUGUCGAAUCCGGGCUGGACCGGCUUCCGUAAGUACAAUUAUGGAAGGCGAAAAAAUCGUGAGAUCUACGGUCAAGACGUCCCACCAGACUACGACCUGACAAAAAGUCGCACACCCGUCUAUGUUUACACGGGGAAGACCGACGUUUGGACACCACCUCAGGCGAUUAAUCAGCUGCACACGUCGUUCAAAAACUUCAGGAGAGCUUUCGAGAUGCCCGAUAAAGUGUUUGGACACUUCGAUUUCGUUUUGAACCCGACUCGCGCACCAGUGUUGUACGAUUUAAUUCUACAGGAUAUGAAAGAACUCCGUGAUGAACAGUAUUUUAUAGGAAAUAGGAAAAGAUCGGCAAACUAGUCAUUGUUAAAUUAAUAAAUUAUUAUCGCGUUGUCAUACGCGUCUGUACAUUUUUUAGUCAUUUUAUUACUAACCAAAAGUAUUUGUUGUGACCAGAUCAUGUAAAUAAAUUGUGUUUGUCGCGGCACAA